CUCUCCCUUCCUCUCUCAACACAUUAUCCCUUCCCUCCUCUCAUCCUGCACACCCCCUCCCUGACGCACCACUGCGUACCAGGCCAGGCAAAGCCAGACUCCCUCAGUCUGAUGGUCUUGCCAGUGGAGGCUCCACCUGCAUUGAUGUUGCUGAACUAGGGAGAGGCUGAGAGCCUACAGCAAAAACAAAUAACAGAGGACUGCGGAUAAAAGAAGUAAGCUUGAUGGAAUAACCCACUGCUGUCCACAAUCUCAAAAGGAUAUUGUUAUCAGGAAUCAGGUGGUAGGUGGCCUCUGAUUCCUGGCUGGGUUUUGUCUCAUCAGAUCCUGUGCUGUAUCACUCAGACACCAUGGCAGGAGCCUCGGUGAAAGUAGCCGUGAGGGUUCGUCCCUUCAAUUCACGAGAGAUUGGAAAAGAUAGCAAGUGUAUCAUCCAGAUGUCAGGCAACACAACCACAAUCAUAAACCCUAAACAACCAAAGGAAAACAAGAGCUUCAACUUUGACUAUUCUUAUUGGUCACAUACAACGCCAGAAGAUGUUAACUAUGCAUGCCAAAAGCAGGUGUAUAAAGACAUUGGGGAGGAAAUGCUUCUGCAUGCUUUUGAGGGAUACAAUGUGUGUAUAUUUGCCUAUGGCCAGACUGGGGCAGGAAAGUCUUACACCAUGAUGGGCAAACAAGAGAAAGACCAAGAGGGCAUCAUUCCAUUGCUAUGUGAGGACCUGUUUACCAAGAUCAGUGACAAUAAUGUCAAUAGCAUGUCAUACUCAGUUGAGGUGAGUUAUAUGGAGAUUUACUGUGAACGUGUUAGGGAUCUGCUGAACCCAAAGAACAAAGGGAACCUGCGUGUGCGAGAGCAUCCCCUGAUGGGGCCAUAUGUGGAGGACCUGUCAAAACUAGCCGUAACCUCCUACAAUGACAUCCAGGACUUAAUGGACUCUGGCAACAAAGCCAGGACUGUGGCGGCCACAAAUAUGAAUGAGACCAGCAGCCGCUCUCAUGCCGUUUUCAACAUCAUCUUCACCCAGAAACGACAUGAUGGUGAAACAGACAACACCUCUGAAAAGGUCAGCAAAAUCAGCCUAGUCGACUUGGCAGGAAGUGAGAGGGCCGAUUCUACUGGAGCUAAAGGCACUAGACUGAAGGAAGGAGCCAAUAUCAACAAAUCUUUAACAACACUGGGUAAAGUUAUCUCUGCUUUGGCUGAGAUGGACUUUGCACCAAACAAGAACAAAAAGAAGAAGAAAGUGGAGAGCUUUAUUCCUUACAGAGACUCAGUUCUGACCUGGCUGCUGAGGGAAAACCUCGGAGGAAACUCUCGUACUGCCAUGGUAGCAGCUCUGAGCCCUGCUGACAUUAACUAUGAUGAGACACUCAGCACACUCAGGUAUGCUGAUCGUGCCAAGCAGAUCCGAUGCAACGCCGUCAUCAACGAAGACCCCAACAACCGCCUGGUGCGUGAGCUGAAAGACGAAGUGGCACGUCUGAAGGAUCUGCUCUACGCUCAAGGUCUUGGAGACAUCAUUGAGACAUUUCGGGCGCAAGGUCCUGGGAUACCUGCUCUCAAAUUGACCAAUGCCAUGACAGGGAUGAGUCCCUCCCCUUCUCUCUCUGCCCUGUCAAGCCGAGCUGGCUCCAUCAGCAGCCUGCAUGAUCGAAUCAUGUUCAGUCCGGGAAGUGAGGAAGCUAUUGAGAGGCUGAAGGAAACUGAGAAGAUAAUUGCAGAACUCAAUGAAACUUGGGAAGAGAAACUUCGCCGCACAGAGGCCAUUAGGAUGGAAAGGGAGGCACUUUUGGCUGAAAUGGGUGUGGCAAUGAGGGAAGAUGGAGGAACAGUUGGAGUCUUUUCUCCUAAGAAGACACCUCACCUGGUCAAUCUGAAUGAAGAUCCACUGAUGUCUGAGUGCCUAUUGUACUACAUUAAAGACGGAAUCACCAAGGUUGGCCGUGAGGAUGCCAGCAGUCGGCAGGACAUUGUCCUAAGUGGUCAUUUCAUUGAAGACGAACACUGUAUCUUCACAAGUAGCACUAAUGCCUCAGGAGAGGGAACAGUGGUCCUAGAGCCCUGUGAGGGAGCCGAGACUUACGUUAAUGGGAAGAGAGUUACAGAGCCCACUAUUCUCAGAUCAGGUAACCGUAUCGUUAUGGGCAAGAGCCAUGUGUUCCGAUUUAAUGACCCAGAGCAAGCCCGGCAAGAACGAGAAAGGACACCAUGUGCAGAAACACCUGUGGAGCCUGUGGACUGGGCUUUUGCCCAGAGAGAACUGCUGGAGAAACAAGGCAUUGAUAUGAAGCAAGAGAUGGAGCAGAGAUUACAGGAACUGGAGGACCAGUACCGUAAGGAAAGGGAAGACGCAAGCAACCUUCUGGAACAGCAGAGACUGGACUACGAGAGUAAACUGGAAGCUCUUCAGAAGCAGGUUGACUCACGAUAUUACCCAGAAAUCACGGAGGAAGAGGAGGAACCAGAAGAGGAAGUGUCGUGGACAAAGCAAGAGACAGAACUGGCCCUCUGGGCUUUCCGUAAAUGGCGAUUCUACCAGUUCACCUCUCUCAGAGACCUGCUCUGGGGAAAUGCAAUUUUCCUCAAGGAAGCUAAUGCCAUUAGUGUGGAGCUCAAGAAAAAGGUUCAGUUUCAGUUUGUAUUGCUAACAGACACACUGUACUCACCGCUGCCCCCUGACCUACUGCCCCCCAGCGUAGCCAAAGACAGAGAGAAAAGGCUGUUCCCACGCACCAUAGUAGCAGUUGAAGUUCAGGACCAGAAGAAUGGUGCCACACACUACUGGACUUUAGAGAAACUCAGACAACGACUGGAUCUGAUGAGAGAAAUGUAUGACCGAGCAGCAGAGGUGCCCAGUUCUGCAAUUGAAGAUUGUGACCAUAUGAUGUCUGGUGGUGAUCCCUUCUAUGACCGCUUUCCUUGGUUUCGUCUGGUUGGCCGCACUCCCAUUCUGAACACGUGCAUGAGCAAGCGCAUGAGUGACCUUACCCUCUCCCCCACCCUCUCCGACCCCGACCCCGACUCUGACAUAACCGAGCUUGCCGAUGAGCGGCAUUAUGGGAAAGUCGAGGUGGAUGAUGAAGAGUUGGAGGACUUGGAUGAUGAGAUCUUUAUGGAGGACUCAGAGCUUGAGAGAGAGGAGGAUGGUGUGGAGGAGCACUGCCCUGGUGCCAGCGAUGGCCAGGACCCCUUUUACGACCGCUGGCCUCUGUUCAGUUUUGUGGGAAGGGCAUUUGUGUAUCUAAGUAACCUGCUGUACCCUGUGCCAUUGGUACACCGUGUGGCCAUUGUUAGUGAGAAAGGAGAGGUCAAGGGGUUCCUCCGGGUGGCAGUACAAGCCAUCUCGGCUGAUGAAGAGGCUCCUGAUUAUGGCUCAGGUGUACGACAAUCAGGAACCGCCAAGAUUUCAUUUGAAGAUCAACAAUUUGAGAAGUUCCAGACAGAGUCAUGCACUGGUGGGAUGUCUCACACAAACACAUCUCAAGAGGAGCUGCGCAUCGUAGAAGGAGAAGGACAGAACUCUGAAAUGGGGCUCAGUGCUGAUGAGGUCAACAACAACACUUGUACAGCAUCUCCUGAUAUUCUUAACAGUCCUCUUAAGGGCAUUCUGGAAUGUCCUCUUGAAGCGACUCAGGAAAAAUCUUUCCAGCACCUGAAAAUAGGCAGCAACUUUACCUUCAGGGUCACAGUACUUCAAGCCUCCAGCAUCUCUGCUGAAUAUGCAGACAUCUUCUGCCAGUUCAACUUCAUCCACAGGCAUGACGAGGCAUUUUCCACUGAGCCCUUGAAAAACACCGGCAGAGGCCCUCCUCUGGGAUUCUACCAUGUGCAAAAUAUAACUGUGGAGGUCACCAAGUCUUUUGUGGAAUACAUCAAAAGUCAGCCGAUCGUUUUUGAGGUAUUUGGGCACUACCAGAAACAGCCCUUUGCUCCUCUCUGUAAGGACCUAAUUAGUUCAUUACGUCCAACAAGACGGCAGUUCCCUAGGGUUAUGCCCUUGUCAAAGCCAGUGCCCGCCACCAAACUGAGCACCCUGACACGCUCCACCGCUGGCCCCUGUCACUGCAAAUAUGACCUCAUGGCUUUCUUUGAGAUCUGUGAACUGGAGGCCAAUGGGGACUACAUCCCAUCUGUUGUUGAUCACAGAGGUGGAAUGCCCUGCCAUGGUACAUUCCUAUUACACCAGGGCAUCCAAAGGAGAAUUACGGUCACUAUAGCCCAUGAAACUGGCAAUGACAUUGUGUGGAAGGACGUCAAGGAGCUGGUCAUAGGCCGCAUCCGUAACACACCCGAGGCAGAUGAGACGAUCAUAGAUCCCAACAUCCUGUCCCUCAACAUCCUCUCUUCAGGAUACAUACGGCCAUCUUAUGAUGACAGUGUGUCACUGGGAUUUGACCAUAGGACAUUUUACCACUUUGAGGCAGCAUGGGAUAGCUCCAUGCACAACUCCCUCCUUCUGAACCGUGUCACUCCAUAUGGAGAGAAAAUUUACAUCACUCUCACUGCUUACCUUGAGAUGGAGAACUGCACUCAGCCCACCGUCAUCACUAAGGACUUCUGCAUGGUGUUCUACUCCAGAGAUGCCAAACUUCCUGCAUCACGCUCUAUUCGAAACCUUUUUAGCACUGGUGCUUUCAGGCCCUCUGAGAGUAACCGUGUGACAGGAGUGUAUGAAUUAAGCCUCUGCCACCUGGCGGAUAUCGGAAGUCCUGGUAUGCAGAGGAGGCGCAGACGGGUGCUGGACACCUCAGUGGCAUACGUACGUGGAGAGGAGAAUCUUGCAGGCUGGAGGCCCCGCAGUGACAGUCUCAUCCUGGACCACCAAUGGGAACUGGAGAAACUCAGCCUAUUACAAGAGGUGGAGAAGACCAGGCAUUACCUUCUGCUGAGAGAGAAGCUAGAAGCUUCUUUGCUGCUGGAACAGGACACUUUUUGUGGUAAAGACCUCAUGGACUCACCUAAAGCCUCAAGCCCCUUGAUCAGUCCAGUAGCCAGCCUGGGUCUGGACAGCCCCAACAAUAGGCAGAGGGAGCUUGCUGCCAAGUGUGUGCGACUGCUCAUGCACACCUUCAACAGGCAGUACAGCCAGGUGAGCAGCAGUCUCAGUGAGAGCAAGCUGUCAGAGAUGUCUGCAUCAUUCUUAAGAGACAGAUCUUCCUCAGCUCUGAGCACUCUGACCCCCUCCUCCACCUGCCCGUCAUUGGUGGAUGGUCACUUUGGCAAUCCAGACUUCAGAGGUGCUGAGACAAACUCUGGUGCCUCGAGCCCUGAUCUCGACCCCUUCAGCCCUGUCGAGAGAAAACCCAGGAGCUGCACCUUCAUCCCCAAUAUCCAAGAGAUUCGUGUCAGCCCGAUUGUGUCAAAGAAAGGCUAUCUCAACUUUCUGGAGCCACACACCAGUGGCUGGGUCAGACGUUAUAUUGUGGUGCGGCGGCCAUACGUCUACUUGUACCGCAGUGAGAGAGACUGUGUAGAGAGAGCCAUCAUCAACCUCUCAUCUGCCCAGGUGGAUUACAGUGAAGAUCAGCAGACCAUGUUGAGGGCUUCUAACACAUUUGCUGUGUGUACUGAGCACCGCAACAUUCUCCUCCAAGCCAGCAAUGACAAAGAGAUGCAUGACUGGCUGUAUGCUUUCAACCCACUGCUGGCUGGAACCAUCAGGUCUAAGCUUUCCAGAAGAAAAUCAGGUCAAAUGAGGAUGUGAAACACUUUUUUUCUUAGCUCAAAACAUAAACAGAUAACUAACAGAACCUUGUGAUUUAAUUAGGUCAAUCCCCACUUCAUCACAGCUGCAACUUGCCUGCCUGCCCCAGCAAUCCUUGGUCUUUCUAUACCAACAUGCCAACCAUAGACUGUGGGCCUAGCUUCACAUAGAGUGUGUGUUUAUGUGUGUGUGAUAGGCCCCAUUUAGUCAGUUACAAAUGUAAAUGUGCAAUUGUAUUAUUCCUCGCUGACAUUGCUAAAAACUAGAAUGGCAUUUUAGACAUGGCCCCACUCAUAUCUGUAACAGCAUUAGUUCAUUUGUAAAUGCGACACAAUGCUCUGUGUAUGUGCUCCUGCAGAAUAGAUGUCAAGUGCUUUUAUCUGGGCUUCAGUAGAUGCCUCUUGGUUUUGAAAACGCUGCCAUGGUCAUUGUGCUGUUUGAAGGGAUACAGAGCUUUUAAGGUUUUUUUUAAGUUGACCUUUUGGAUGAUUGCAGAAGAAAGAAUUGGGAUGGAGCUUAGACAUGGGAAAAGUUGUACUAACCCUCUACCAAGUUUUUAUUUGUGUUUUUUCAUCUGUUAUGUCUUUUUUUUUUACAUUACAUAAUUAUGUUUACUUGUUUAUUAAGCAUUGUAUGUUUUAUAAACAUGAUUUAUUAAGAGGCCACUAUUUGAAGUGUGUUACAAAAAUGUAUUUUACACCUUGAUAAUAAGCUUUUAUUAUUAAGGUUAGUUUUGUUAAUUUGCACAAAAGCUCUGCUGCUACAGAACAUUUUAACUCAUUUGAUGUAUCUGUAUUUAUAGCUUUUGUCUGCUUGGAUGAAUGACACAAAAAUUGGACAGAGGUGAAGAUAAAUUUCCUGUUAUCGAUGCACUGAACAUAAAUACAGCACGUUUAACUUUUAGAUAAGAGAGAUUUUAUUUAGAUUACAGCAUACCGCAUCUAUCACAUUGUAUUGUGCAGGAAGUCUGUGUUCAAGAGAACUGUAUCUUACGUAACUGUAGUUCCUAUUUUAUAGCUUCUAUCUUCCAGUCGUUCCAGCCUUACAUGUCAAAACAGAAUAUUUGUUUUCAAGAACAUUUGGAGAGUACCCCGUACUUGGUGUUUCUCCUGAGAGGUGGCAAUGAGAUGAUUUCUUGGAAGAGGAAAUCCAGUUUUAUUGUUACAGUACAGGUAUAUAACGAAAAGUAUGUUAAGUCCAAUGAUUUUACCAAAAGUUUAGUUGUCAACAUCAGAUUUGUUCAAGAGAAACCUUUAUAUACAGUAGCUCAAUUAAAGUGUUUUUGUUUUUCGUUCAUUUUAUGUGAAAUGUUUCAGUUAUAUUACGCAUACCCAUGUUCCUUGUUUUUGGUCCACCCUUUGCUUUGCGGCUGUAAAGAGACUGUAAAAGUAUAGAAGAGCUGUGUUUCCUAUGAGGAAAUUUAAAUGAUAGUUACAUCUUAAAGAGGUAUUUCCAGAGGCCACUAUAUCGUUUGUUGAUACUGUAAAUUCAGAGAUCUGUUCUAUAUGCUAUUGGUCAGUCAGCCAUUUAGUAUGUUGCUCAUGCCAUGUGUUGCUGUCUUAGACCUCCUCCUGAUGUUUUGUGCCAUGGGCCAGCCAACCCAAAGAGCACAAAUUUAACAGCAAUAUCAGUUCUGAACAUUGCCUGUUUAGAUAGCAGUACUAGCCUAUACCUCUCAAAAUUAUUUCAUAAGCAGCUAUGCAUGUAGGUAAUGCCUUGAUGGAUUUAGCAAGUUCAAUGAUAUGGAUCUGAAAUGCUAGUUAGAAACAGAUGUUUGGAUUCUGGACAUUAUGUUGACAGUUAUACCUCCCAGUGCCCUGAUCAAGUUUUUUUUUUUAUCCAUUCCUGCUUUUGAUAAUGCUAUGUACAGUAUAUGAUAGCAUGCUGUACAUAUCUAUUCUGCAUUUAAAUGAAAUAUAUAAAAUGUAUCUCCAUACAGUAUGAGUAGCAUUUACAUAAAAAUAAUAGUUACGUCAGAUUCAGUUGUAUUAUUUUACCGGAAUCAAGGAUCACAGUUGACUAUGAGCAUGAUGUGUUUGCAUCCCUGCUUUGGACAUUCAAGAGGACUUUGUCAACAUGCAUCAAGAUGAAUUGCAGAUAAAUCUAAUUUUUUGGGUUUAUAGUUGAACUUGAUAAUGUGUCUUUAUCUCUCACUCUCAAUGGAUCCCUUAUGUUAUUAUGUCUUUUCAAGCAUCAUUUUGAAUAAAUAUCCUUCAUCCAUCCUAAUAUUUCAAAUAAUAAUAAUAAAAAAAUGGAUCUCAAUAUGAACUAAGUGUAUCUACUGUAAUGGCUUCUAUAUUUCUGUUGAUUUGCUCUGUAUAUAAACCCAACUGUGAUCUAGCACACAGCUGUAACCACUUUAUACUAUAAUACUGUGUAUAAUACUAUACUGUAGUGUACUCAAGUGCUCAAGAUAUUUGAGUGUUGGACCUGUGUCUUCUAAUGUCUGUGGACACUUAAAACUUUGUCGGGUGUGAAAUAAAUGUGAAAAAU